GUCCUUGAGCUACAUUUCUGCCUUUGCAAACUUACCCUGUACUUUACUAUAAUGUCUUUCUUUGGUUGUGGGUCUAGGCAAAUUUCCUCCUGCCAUACUGGUGGUGCAUCUAUGAAAAUACCCUGUUGGGGAGUGUAUGGUUUAGGUGGAGGUUCUGGUCUGGGAAUGUAUGAGACUGGGGGAAACUGGUGUGGUGGCUUGGGCUGGGGUGGUAUUGGAGGUGGUACAGCUGGAUCUUUUCAUAACUUUAGCUAUGGUGCUGUUGGUAAUAAUAGUAGUGAUGGCAGACUUCUUUUUGGUGGUGAAAAAGAAACCAUGCAGAAUCUUAAUGACCGUUUGGCAUCUUACUUGGGCAAAGUGCAAGCUCUGGAGGAAGCAAAUGCAGAGCUUGAGCACAAAAUCAAGGACUGGUAUGAGACAUUAGGGUCAUAUACUGAGGGAGGAUCCCGUGACUACAGUAAAUACUAUACCACCAUUGAGGACCUUAGGAAUCAGAUUAUUGCUGCAACUGUUGAAAAUGCCAGUAUCAUUCUGCAGACUGACAGUGCCAGGCUGGCUGUUGAUGACUUCAAAGUGAAAUACGAGAAUGAGCUAUACCUUUGGCAGAAUGUUGAAGCUGACAUCCGUGAUCUGCGAAAAGUCCUAGAUGAGCAAACCCUUGCCAAAAGUAACCUGGAGAUUCAGAUUGAAAGCCUGGCUGAUGAGGUGGCUUACCUCAAGAAGAAUCAUGAAGCGGAAAUGAACGAUCUGAGAAGCUCAGCCUCUCCUGAUGUUACUGUAGAAAUUAACACUGCUCCAGGAAUUGAUCUUACUACACGUCUGAAUAAAAUGAGAACAGAAUAUGAGGCCCUUGCAGAGCAGAAUCGCAAGGAUGUUGAAACCUGGUUUAAUGAAAAGAGCAAAGAACUGAAUGUUCAGAUCAACUUCAGUGCUGAGGAGACCAAUACCAAUAAGAGUCAGAUUACUGAACUAAAACACACUUUUCAAGGUCUGGAGAUAGAGAUGAAAUCCCAACUUGCUCUGAAACAAUCUCUUGAAGCUACUUUGGCAGAGACAGAAGCUCGCUAUUGUGCUCAACUUUCACAAAUACAAGUGGUGAUAAGCAGCGCGGAGACCCAAAUACAGCAGAUCAGGGAUGACAUGGAGUGGCAGAAUGCAGAGUAUGAACAACUCCUAGAUAUCAAGAUUCAUCUGGAAAACGAGAUUGAAACAUACCGCCACCUCAUAGAUCGAGAGGAAAGUGAUUCUGGAUAUGACACUGCUGGAACAGGCUCAGGAUUAAGAGAAACAGGAUCUGCUACAACUUCAGGAUCUCAAGGCUCUGUCUCUGCUGCAGAUUUGGGGUCUAGAGGUUCUGGAUCUGCAAGGUCGGAAUCAAGAUCAAGCAGUAGCAGCAAAAAACCAACAAAAACCAGAGUGAUUAAAACAAUAAUUGAGGAGCUUGAUCAGCAUGGGAGAGUCACAUCCUCUAAGGUCCAAUCAGUUGAAAAGAAGCCAAUAAUAUAAACAACAUCAAUAUUUGGAACAGAGGGUCCUUUUACAAAUGCCAUUAAAAAGCAGCAAAAAUGAGAAAGCUUCUUUUGGUGUGGCCAAAAUAAACAUUUUCUUCUAGGGGUGCACCGAUAGAGAUUUUUUGGGCAGAUACUGAUGGCCGAUUUUUAGCAAGCCAUAUCACCAGAUACUGAUCCGAUUCUGAUAUGAAGCUGGGCAGCUUGGAGAGUGGCAUCUAGCUAGUAAGUCUGUUGUGGGGGAAGGGGCAAGGGGAGAAGGAAGGGGCAUGGGGGGCGCAGAUUGAGGUCCUUGAAGUGAGGGAAGUAGUGAGGCUGGGGCAGGAGCAGGGGCAGGCGCUGCCCAGACAGGGCAAGGUACAGGACACAGUCAAGAAUAGCUCAUCUAGACGACACGGGGGAGCAGCUCCCAUUCCUGCAUGCACCCCGGGAGGGCAUGGGGGGCAUGUGCCCCCAGAUAUGUGCGCAGGGCAAGGGCGGACUGCCACUGUGUGUUGGGGUGGAGGGUGGCACUGGGCUUUUGCCGGCAGUGGGGCUGGGCCAGGCUGGACUCAGGGCAGAUGGUGGUGACGCUGGGAAGAGGGUUAUAAGGGGGGGCUGCAGCCACCCCAAAAUUCGCCAUAGCCCCCCUUCUCCCAGCAUCGCCACCAUCCACCCUGAGCGCAGGCCGGCCCAGCCCCUGCAACAGGAAGAGCCCGGCACCGCCCCCAGCCCCAGCCCUAGCCCACAGCAGCAGCAUACCAUCACCCCACAUGCAGAUCUGGGAGCACAUGCCCCCCAUGCCCUCCUGGGGUGUGUGUAAUGGUAGAAACCACCACCACCCCUCCCCAGGCAAGCUGCUUGUGGCUCCAUCCCAUGCUCCACUCUGGCUGUGCUGCACCUGCCCCUGCCCCAGGCCCUGCCCCACUCCCUCUGUCACUGCUGCGGCCUCGAUCUGCCCCCCCUGCCCCAUGCUCCUUCCCUCACAACAAACUUGCCAGCCAGACCUGGCUGCUCUCCACACUGCCGAGCUGUGCUCCUGGAAGCCUGUGUGCUGCACUGUGGAACAGGGCAUUUAUCAGCAACAUUAUCGGCCACAUCAGCCAAAAAAAGCCAAUUAACAAUACUGUCAAUUUUCCUUAUAUCAGUGCCAAUCCGGUAUGGGACUGAUGUAUCAGUGCACCUCUAUUUUCUUCUCUUAAAAGAAAAAAGGAAGCCUAAAAUGUCUCUUUUUUCCACUUUAAUGAAUUGUAUAGUGGUAUGAAAAUUAAAAAUCUCUUACUAUGUUCUUGUGUAUUUCAAUAAACAUUCUUACUGUUGCAAAUUACAUAAA